AUGCAUCAAGUUGGGGACUAUUCGAAACGGUAUCUUGCCAUGGUUACAGCCAAGAAUAAGGGUUCUGGUCGGAAUCAAAUCAAGAAAGGGUUUAGAAAGUUUUCGAAGCAGAUGGAGGGAUCGGAGAAAUUAAAAUCUCCGGAUAGAUUGAAUAAGAGGAAGCCUGCCUUCAUAAAGCGCAAUAUCUACCUGAAGGAGAAGUUUAAAAAGACGAUUAAUAAAGAUCAUGGCAUAUUCUGUUCUUGCUCUUCAUCUUCUGGCUCGUCAACUCUUUGUGGAAAAAAUUGCAAUUGCGAGUUGCUACUUUCAAGUUGUUCACCUAGUUGCCCGUGCAGAUGUGAGUGCACCAACAAACCGUUCCAACAAAGACAUAUCAAGAAAAUGAAAAUAGUCCAGACAGAGAAAUGUGGAUAUGGGAUUGUAGCAGAUGAAGAUAUCAAUUCAGGAGAGUUUAUCAUCGAGUAUGUUGGGGAAGUUAUCGACAAUGAGAUUUGUGAACAAAGACUUUGGAAGCUGAAGCAUAAGGUGGAGACAAAUUUCUACUUGUGUCAGAUAAACAACAAUUUGUUGGUUGAUGCUACUUACAAGGGGAAUAAAUCGAGAUAUUUCAAUCACAGCUGCGACCCUAAUACAGUGAUGCAGAAAUGGAUGAUUGAUGGAGAGACAAGACUCGGCAUAUUUGCUACCCGUGAUAUAAACAAAGGAGAGCACCUGACUUAUGAUUACCAGCUUGUUCAGUUUGGCGAAGAUCAAGAUUGCCAUUGUGGUGCCGUAUGUUGCAAGAAAAAGCUUGGUGCAAAAACUAGCAAAACUAAGAACAUACUCUCGGAUGAAAAUGUGAACCUAACGGCGUGUAAAGCAGUGACCCGUAAACGGCCCAAGGUUAAAAGAACUCGAGGCAAAGACCCCCCGGGUUAGUAUUAGUUCUCCAGUCUCGGUUUUCGACAAGUUUCUCAAUUCAGAGGUAAGGAAAAACAAUUUGGAUGCGUUAGGAUAAUCUCGGAACAAACCUGAU